UCUAAUUACUCACAACUCAUAAGUGGCUAUUAAGCUUUGGUUUAUUGAGCAGAUUAAGCUGUUAAACAUACACAAAUUUCUUCUUUUUGGUCAUAUCAUGGCUCUAGUUAAUAGCUUCAUGCCAAAAACCAUGCUCCAAAUGCCCCUCGAUUCCAAGCCCUACAGCCUGCUGAUUAAUAAGAGUGUGAUAAUAAGAUGUGCUGCAGCGUCUAGACGACAGAUCAGUAGAGGGAAACCUCCGCAAAUCAACCGGGUAAGCAGAAGAAGUAACAGGAGCUUGAGAAGUGAUCAGGUCAGCCUCAGCAACAGUGUGAGUGGAGAAGAUGGGAAAACAAAUGGAGGAAAUGUUGUUGCUGAUGAAGUUAACAAUACAACCAACACUGCUGAUGCCACUGAUUAAUUAAUAAUGCAGGACCAUUAGUUUGUUAAUUAAUCCAGCUACGUCGAUUAAUCCCUGUAGUUGUCAUAUGGUGGCUCGUUGUCUAGCAAACCAUGGCUGAAUGUGAUUCGUUAGCAGCUUAAUUAUAUAUGGACUUGAUCAUAAUUUCUUCUUGAACAAAUAAUUAUCAUUUUAA